AUGGAUGCGGAUUUUGAAAGAGUUCAGAAUGAGCGACUCCCCACUUUAUAUGAAGUACUCAUACAAAAAACUGUUGCACCAGUAGAUUUAUGGUCCUUCUAUACAUAUCUUUCACAAUUCCCAUUCGCGAUAAACUACCUAGAUUUCUGGGUUGAUUUGAUGGCACAUAUACGGCUUUGCAAAGAUUACGUUAAACUCGUAAGAGAAUCAGCCAUGAUUGAACGACGAACUAAUGGUACACAAAAUGAAAAGAUAGAACAGCCCGGAAAUGGUGAACAUAUUAUAGAUGAUAACUCCAACAAUAGUAAUAGUGAAGAUGAUGAUAAUAGAUCGGUGACGACAUCGGUCUUGUUAAAUGCGUUAUUAGAAGAUGGUAGAAUCGAUUUGGAAAAUCAACAAGAUAUGAAUAAUUUCAUUCAGGGUGAUAUUAAUAAUAAUAAUAAUAACACAAGCAAUGCUUAUUCGCCAAAAAUUGCGGAUCUUAUAGAAGGUUGGAAAAGACAUUCUGAUGGAGAUAAUGAAGCACUCAAUAUUGAUAACCCUAACCUUGCUAUUUUAAUGGAUGAAGUGCUUAAGAAACAUCCAGAUGGAUUACCACUUCCACAUAUUACAGUAAAUGAGUUGCAAUCAAAUGUUGAACAUAUCUGUAACACAUAUUUAUUAUCCCCUACUGAGAGUCAGCGUUAUCUAAGUAAUAUACCCGAUGAUAUAAGACUUCACAUUCUUAGAGAAGUAAUGGAAAAUAAAAAAUUUACACCUGAAAUUUUCGAUCAAUUAAAGAUGCUAACAUACCAAUUCUUAGAAGUAGACUGUUUUCCCAAAUUUUUAAGCAGAGUAGCUUUACACAAUAUACACGAUGAAGUGUCCGAUUGGAGGUUUCAUCAAAAUAAUGAUGAAACACAAGUUACAGAACAGAAAAGAACAAUACAACGGACAAAUAAAAAUAAUAACAUUAAUUCCUUGAGUUAUCAAGGAUCCAGAUCUCCAUUUUCUAACUACACAUCCUUAAGUAGGACCAUAUUUGGUAUGAUUUGGUUGGGCAUUGGGUUUUGGAUAGGCUAUGUCCUAAUCUUUCUAAAAUAUAGUAGAGCAAUCAGGGUCACUACAGUGGUACCCUUUACUAUUGGAUGUUACAUGAUCAUAUGUGGUAUGUAUGAGGUCGAUAUCAUUUAUUCAUGGUUCGGGCUCACUCAACGGUUGAUGUUUAAAGACAAUGAUUUCGAUAAUUUUAAUGUCAAGAAAGGCGAUGACGUUACCAAGGAAGAUCUUGAUUUAGAACAAGGAAGAAAGCAUAAUUUUAAAAAUAUUCCCUUCAUUUUUGCAUUAUUAGGUGGGAGAAGUAGAUUACUAAGAGUAGAACAUCCAUUUAUAAAAGCUCUUCUUUUUAAAAGAGGACUGUGGUGUUGUAUGCUGGUCUUUAUCUCAACAGCAUGUUUUACAAUCAUAUUCAGUUGUGUUCCAGGGUACAGACUAUAG